AUGCCGCUUGCGCUGGAGGUCUACGAUGGCAGGGAGCUGGGCACCAGUGAUGUGCUGGGUGGUUUUCACCACCCGUUGCAGCAGUGGGAAAAGUUCACCAGGAUCUUGGGAGACAGGCAGGCCUUCUUCAGCCUCCUCAAAAAGUACAGGCGCUGCUGCGCCUUUUUGACCAGGGUUGACAUGUUGAGGGUCCAGGAGAGGUCAUCGGAGAUCCACCGAAACGCUGCGGUGAGGAGCUGCACUGCUCGGCACCUGGAGAGACUGGCUGAGGUCAUGGGGACGGCUCGUCUCCUGUCGGGGAAGAAAGACCUCACCGACCGUUUCUUGAUUGCCGUCAGUAAACUGUCUGUGGACCCUGCACAGGAAGUCAGGCAUCAUGGUCGCAAUAUCUUGAGAAACGUGGCCACCAAUGGCGACUUUGCUCAAAUGUGGGACAAAUUCGCUCCGAGGAAAGAGCGAGAAUCCUUGAGGGAGGUCAUCUCAAAUGUUAACCUCAAAGAAAGGAAUAUCUGAAUAAUCCCCAACUUGACUAUAUAUUUGUAUCUAAAUAUUUGCACAUUUCCCAACUUGACUAUUAUCCCCCCCCCCCCCAAGUCCCCAAACUCCAAUAUUUUCACUAAUUCUAAGAAAUUUGACACUAUCAUCCAAACCCCCAUGUAAAUGCAUCUUUAAACUGCAUUGACUCCUUGUCCAAGUCCUAAAUCCACUAUAAGACAAUAUGAACCACAUUCAAAGCACUAAAUUACCUUUCCUCGAAGCUCCUAUCUGAUCUACCAGCUCAAUAGUGGUCUACUGAAACCAUACUCACCAUCUCAGGGGGUGCUCAGAUCAUCAACCACUGACCUCCACACCAUCCUCAAAACCAGCAGUCCUCUUUUGGAGGCAGAUUGGUCAGUGCUCCUGUAUGGCACCAACAUUGUGGAUUUUCAUCCAAUACUUCUGGACUAUGAGAACAUUCUUUGGACAAUAAAAUUAGGUGAAAUGGAAGCUGGCUACAGUCUCAGUUUUAUCCUCCAAGACAGUGUGAGAAUGUGUAACAACAAUACCUGAGGUUUAACUUGAUGAUCAGGGCC